AUGCGAUCGCCGCUUGGUCUCUUCGGCAUUAUUGCGUUGGUGCUAGUGCCAGUAAUGGCAGAGGACGGGCCUUGCACAGCGCGCGACGGCGAUAACUAUUACGACCUGAGUUCCCUCAGCGCAAAUAAGGACUAUGAAUUCGAUUCGCGUACUGGCGUGAAGUUCGUCAUCAAUGUCUGCAAGCCAUUCUAUCGGAGAGGUGGGCACUCAAAGUUGACAGGCCCGAAGAUGUCGGUGGAUUGUACAGCACGAACGUAUGCGAACACUUCCCUUGCGGUCCUCAAUGGAAACCCAGUGUCAAUCAUGACGGGUGGGUCAGAAUGCGCGAGUGCACAAGGCACGUACGCCUCCUCAGCCAUUCGCUUCGUGUGCGAUACGUCCGUAUUUGGUGCUGCCGGAACUGGUUGCACAACUACCACCGGUGACAACGAUGCUUGCGCUUUCUUCCUCGAGUGGCGUACACAUGUAGCCUGUCCCACUCACGAGAAGACCGGUGCAGUGGGAUUCGUAACCGUCGUAUUGGCGAUUCUGGGAACGCUCUUCAUGCUGUACAUCCUCGUCGGGACGUUCUACAACCGCUACGUGCUGGAGUUACGCGGCUUCGAUCAGAUCCCUCGCGUGUCCUUCGGUGGCAUUCUCGAGUCUGUCAGCGGUUGCGUUGACAGAGUCAAGCCAGCUCGUGGCACGCCGGGCAGGGGAGGAAGGCAGACUGAUGGCAGGACCUCCAGGCUCCUGGACGAACAAGACGAAGAGGAGCCAACGGCGGAAGAGCAGAGUACGAAGCCGGCAGGGAUGGGCGCUGACGGACCACGACCCACCAUGGAUCCCCACCACCAGCAGCCCAUGGACGAGCCUCAAAACUUCCUCCCCCCCGCGUACCCGAUGUACGCGUCAGAAGAUGACCAGUACCUCGUGUAUCAACAACACCAGAUGCCAUACAAUCAGGUCGUGCAUCCUGGCCCUCCUCCGCGCCAGAUGUCCGAUUCAGACCUUCAGCAAGCCAUACAGUACCAACACACAUCUGCGGACGGGAUCUACCAUCAUUCGCGACACAGCUCCGCGACAGGUUCCCCAUCUUCGUCGCGCGCCAACUCCCUCGUACACAGACACCCGCUUCGGUACAACCCGACCCCAUCGCCUACGAGUUCGUCCGCGGGGCGUCGAAGCCGAGGUCGUUCGAUUUCUGACGACGACGACGGGAUGGGUGUUGGAAUGGCUGAGUCGCUCGCGAACACGCGCAAGGAGGCUACCCGUAGGCAGAGGAUAGAGGCUGAGCAGCGGCGGCGCGAUGAGCUCCGGGAUGGCUAUGCUCGGCUGAAGGAAGUGCUGCCGGUCUCGAACCAGAAGAGCAGCAAGGUAUCUCUCCUAGAAAGGGCCUGCAACCAUAUCGUUUCCUUGGAGAAGUCUAACAGACAACUGCAAUCCCGUCUCGCGCAGGUCGAGGUCGAGGUUGUGCGAUUGCGCACUCUUAAUGAGAAGAUCUCGCUCGGCGUCAACGUGGACGCUCGACCGCUGUCUCCGCCGCCUGAGGAGUCGCAGCAGCAUCAACUCACCUCCGUUGCUGGGCAACAGCCACCGGAGGAAUCGAGUCCAUCAGCCUCGGAAGGUGGAUUCUAG